AUGUCGGGAAAGCCUUUCCUCUCUAAAUUGUACGGUCGACUCUAUUUACUUAUCACAGGACAAUCAAAGGAUGGAAAAAUACAAUUAAGAACUCUAAAAACUACUCCUUGGUUCUAUUGGGUUGUGGGAGGGACCUAUGUUUUUUUAAUUGCCAGCGUGAUUGAUUUCUUUGGACAUCGAUUCAUCUCCCGACAUUAUGAUGAAAGAAUUAUUCAGAGGAAACGGAGAGAAGGACUGUUUUUAUUAAGUAUUUUGAAGCAUGAUGAAAACACUGGACUAUAUAUUCCUCCUAUGGAUGAAAAGUAUGUCGAUGUUGAAAGAUGGCCAACUCAUUUUGAGCAUACCUACACCAAACUUCAACGAAAGCAAAUGUUUGAGGAAUAUUUGAAAGCAAAAGAAGCACUAAAGAAGUAA